GCUGCCAUUCUGAAGCUGAGAUAAACUGAGAGGAAAAAAAAACCCAACGGAACGAAAUCACCGGCGGGGUCUAAAAAUGUAUGAGGAGAUGUCGGCCCAUUUCCAACUGAUUAAUUAAUUAUUUUGUGUGUUUUUCAUCCUCCCCGCUGGGGUUGUGCGUUAUUCGCAUUAACUUGAUGACGAUGAAGAUGAAGGUGCUGAUGAAGCUGCCUGACCCCGAACCCGAGGAGGAGGAGGACGACGAAGAGGAGGAGGACCCGAGGAAAGCGGCUCCUGCCAUGCCGCCGCCGCUCUCCGAGCUCUGGAAGGAGGGGGUGUACGAGUGGUUCGGCUCGGUGCUGACCUCGGCCCAGCGCCUGGAGUUCUGCUGCGGCCUGCUCGACCUGUGCCACCCGCUGGAGCUGCGCUUCCUGGGCUCCUGCCUGGAGGACCUGGCCCGCAAGGACUACCACUCGCUGCGCGACUCGGAGAUCCGCGCCAACAGCGUCGCCGACCUGGCCGGCGUCGGCGACCCGCGCGACGAGGUGACCCGCAGCAAGCUGGUGGUCUCCCUGGCGCUGCUGGGCUCCGAGAACCGCGAGGCGGCCGCCGUGCUGGCCCGCGCCCUCACCCGCGGCCCGCUGCCCCUCUCCGAGCGCGGCGUCCAGGAGUUCCUGCUGCUGCUCACCAUGGCGUCCAACCACCCGGCCUUCUCCUUCCACCAGAAGGAGACGCUCCGAAGGCAGCUCGCCGAGCUGCAGCGCAGGCCCGGCAGCGGGGGCCGAACCUCCCAGAGCUCCGGCUGCAAGGAUCGACUAGCCAGGAAAAAUUAUUCCUUGGGGAUGGAGAGUAACUACUAUGAAAGAACUCCCCCAUCAUCUUGUGAAGAGGCUGCAGCAAUCGCUCAACGACCAGGUGCACAGAUUGAGAACAUUAUAUUCAAACCUCUAUCAAAAAAGAGAGCUGACAUCUACUGGGAGUUUGAUGUCACGUGGACUAAUCUCUCGAUGUGCACUGUGAGAAAGACUGAUCAAGAGAUUCAUGAGUUUUUAACUAAACUGCCUAAGGAGCUUUCUAUUGAUGCUUCUGGCAAGACUACAUUAUGGUCAUCAAAUCACAGCUCGCAGACAAGAGAAGACCGGCGUCAUUUCAAUUUGGAGUCCACCAUAAGGCAAAUGUUUUCAUCUCCAUCUCGAGCUUUCUUAAAAAGUGAAUAUGUUCGUGAAUUCUUCUUUGGGAAAUUAUCUGACUGCAGUCAACAUCACACAAAUUUACAGCCAGCGUUAAAGUUGUCUAAAUCUCUAGAACGCUUCAAAGAAGACAGUUCUGAGGCUUCCAGCCAGGAAGAAGAUGGACAACAGUUGAUUCAUCAGAAGAAAAAUAUGGGGAAAUCAAUAGGCUGCAGUGGCGCUGGUACAAAAUCUCAAGGGAUUGGUGUGAGCUUACAGCACUCUGAACAGAAUGGUAUACUGGACUGGAAGAAAAGGAACUAUAGUACAAAGCACAGUACCGACCACUGUACAGCUGUGAUGGCACAUUGUUUAUCAGAAGAUAAAAGAAGUACUUCAUCAUCUGGGAGUAAGAAGCUGAACUCUCAGUCAGACAUCAACAACAAAAACAAGGUUGAGCGAGGGAGUCACAGGGCUCCUGUCGGCAAUGGUAUCCUUAGAAUUCCACCUGUACAGCAUGUGUGGGCUGUGCCAGGGAAAGAAUUAAGGGAUGUUGGCUCUGGACUGGAGGCAUGUGGAGACAGCUCUUCAGAAAGCUACAGUUCUCCCUCCAGCCCAAGACAUGAUGGAAAAGAGAGUUGUGAAAGUGAAGAUGAAAAAGACAAAGAUUCUGAUAGCACUUCAGAGGAUUCUGGGAAAGAUAAGCACCAGGAGAGGCCCCCCUGUAAUCUGGCUCGUGGAAGUACUUCGCGGCCAACUGCUCAGGUUGCUCCAGUGCAGAGCGAGAAUUGUACUCCUCCAGGGAACCCGCCUAUCCCUUUUCUUCCUCGCAUUCCUUUAAUGCCUCCUAUGCCCUAUGUGAUGCAAAAUGGUGGAAAGAAGCCAGACUGUAUUGCUCCUGUAGACAAAACUGUUGGGAUGAUUGUGACUGUCCCUCCUGCUGCCACCUCUCUUCGGGAAUCUUCACAUGUAGCACCACUUGGUGCUGCUGAAGCUGGGAAGCGAGUGGACAUGAUCCCCUCCCACCUUUCAGUAGCGACACCUUUCCUUCUGCAGACUGCUAACCCUGCCCUGCAUCCCAUGACGCACAGACAUAAAAUGACAGCGUCACAAAUGAACUUUGAGAACUGCCAUGUUCCGGGACCCCAGACACCAGCAGGCACGGUGAAUAUUGGAUCAGCCAACACCGCUUUCAUCCCAGUUCACAGCCACUCUCCAUCUGGGAAACUAUCAACACCCUCUGUUUUGGAUCCCACGACUAAACCUUCACAGAACAUCGUAGGACUGAAUGCUUUGUUGCCUCAAGCUGAUGGAAAUCUAGGCACCGUACCAGAAUCUGCCAGUUUAAAGGUGAUGCUUCCUGCAGCUGGCCUGCUACCACCACCUGGCUCAUACAAUCUAAGUGGAACUCCAAACAGUGUUUUGCCUUUGCAGGGUUCAGCAACCCCUCCAUCUCCUGUCGGUCAAAUCCAGUCUACUGGAUCCUCUGUCCCCACCCACACCCCAGGCCCUGUGCCAAGCCUCAAUACAGCAUUAACUCACAGCACAGCUCAGAGUGACAGCACCUCUUAUAUCAACACAAUAGGAAAUACUAGUACUAAUGGGACCAUUCAACCAAACCAGCAGCUUGGCUGUGGAGCUUGUAGUUCCUGCGGAUGCCGAGGUAGCUGUGGGACCAAUAGUAACCCUCAUCUAAACUACUACUACCCUAGCACAAUACCUAGCCAUCUUAUCAGAGUUCCUUUUAUCCCUUUCAGUGGGGUAACCUCUCUUUGUAAUGGUAGCUACCUCAACCAAGCACAUCAAAACAAUGGAACCCAGAUGCCCUUUUAUCAGAACCCUUAUACUAGUGGAUUAAUGCAUGAUCCUAUGGCAAAUCAGACUAACUACGGGAUGCAACAAAUGCCUGGAUUUUUCAGAGGAUUUCCAUUGAUGUAUCAAGUGGCCAACAUGGUCACCAGUGUAAAUGGUAUGGGACCUAAAAAAAAUGGAAAUGCAUCCUGUUAUAAUUGUGGUGUAGGUGGACACUAUGCACAGGAUUGUAAACAGCCAUCUAUGGAGGCCAGUCAGCCAGGUGCCUUCAAAUUAAAGUUUGCGCCAUCUCAUGAUUUGGAUUCAGCUGACUAAGCUAGAAGGGUUAUAUCAACUUAGAAAUGAGCCUGAAUAUAUAGAUGUGACCCGAACAACACACUUGAUGCUCUGUUAGUCCAGCACAAAUGGUUUCUCCAUUAGAUUGGAAUUAGCACAUGGUCACUGAAGCCUGGGUUGUCUUGAACUUGUGGCAUUUUUUCAGUGUAUGGACAUAUCCUGACCUAUUUUGGCUGUGGUGUUCAUGAAGCAAACAGAGCAGUCGACCUAGAAAUAUAUAAUAUUGACCUCUCGAUUUGCACUGAUGAAUGUAUUAUACCAAGAGGCACGUGCAAUGUUCGCUGUUAUAUUUUAUGGCAGUGUUUGAGAACUGACUUGUCCGACAAAGACACUGGGCUGGAAUGAGCAGACUGCUGCCGGUUAAAAUGCCAGGUCACAUCUUGCAUCAUGGUACAUCUCCUGUCUGCGUCAAAUUGUCUUCAAAUUACAAAUCUCUCCCUUUUUCUGUUUUGUGUUUUUUAGUUUCAGUUGAUGUAGAGAUCACUCUGCUUUCAAAAGGUAGAUGCAUGAAUUUAGAUACUUCUGUUUUGGAAUAGUGAGUAAGAGUAAAAAUAGAUUGAUAUGGGUAACAUUUUUUAUUGUUUUUUGAAGAAAAGCUUUUGAGUGCCUGUAUUAAUCCAGAUAAAAAUAACAGGAGCACAAUUUUCAGAAUACUGCCUGUUUUGUUUUUUAGGCUUUAAAAAAAAAGCAUUUUUUGAAUAGCUGAUUAUCUUCAUUACUUUACUUUUUGAUAUUUAUGAUGACUCUUUAAAUUUGACAGAAGUGUGAAUGUGUUUUUAAAUUUCUUUAGAUCAAACCAUUGAAUAUCCACAACCAUUUUGUGAAUCCCAUCUUUAUACUGUACCAUAAAUGUGCAUCGGGUGUUACUUGAUUUUCUUUUUUUAAAAAAAGGCUCUAAGCUGAGAUUGUUAAUGGGGAGAUGGUGUUUACUUGGGUUUUAGAAUGUAAAACAAAUUUUAUUUUACUCCUAGCUCUACAUAAAGGUUACACUGCUCCAUGAUGAAAAACAAAAACCACUGUUAGAUAUUUAUUAUAGAGUGGUGUGAUCUCUGCAGAUUUGACGUGGUAGUGAUUUCACCAUUUCACUUGCAUUUACCACUACUAUAAUGUGAAGAUGGAUGCUUGAUAUUUGUAAAUGGUAUUAAUCAUGUCAGCUUGUCAGUAAUUAUUGCUGCUUUUUUAGGAAGAGAGGUAAAAGCCAGUAUGCACUAUUCUGCUUCCAGGUUUAUUUAAGUGCACUGAGGUGAUUUGCAAGAUGAUGGCAGUUUUGAGGGUUGCUGCAUCUUCCAGCAACAGGUUGAAUUAGUGCUGUCCAAGCUUGACAGUUGACAUUCCUUAACAUUAAUGGGAAUAUAUGGAGUUGUGAUAUUGGCAUGCAGCAGUCUGCUUUUUGUAAAUGUAUAGAGUCUUAUCUUUUUUUUGAGUGGAUUGAUGUAUGUUGACUUGAAAAAUGAGUGAGUGUCAUAGGAGUUGAAUGUGCUUUUUCUCUGUAGGCUCUUAAGGAGCCUUUGUCUCGUCUUUAAGGCCCAUGUCAAUGAAAAGCUGUCAGAGUAUUUUUUUAAGGGAAAGAAACAUUGCAGUUGACUUAAUCUGUCCAUACGUUAGUCAAGCUGCUUUGACCCAAACUACUUGCAUGUAAGAAAUAACCAGUUGACAUUUGAGCCUUUAAUGCCACUUAUGUGAAUCAGUUAAUAAUUGUUUCUAGAUCUCUAGAGGAUGACGUGUGGCAUUUAUUUUCCUUAAAUGUAUUUUACUAACUUUGGAUGACCAAUUGAAAACAAAACCAUUAUCUUGCUGCAACUGUGCUGUUGAAUUCGAUAAUAGAUUUAAAAAAAAGGUAAGCCACGUGAACUUGUAAGACGAUAUGUUGUAAAUAACUUGGCUAUAUUGAAACUAAUUUUAUGGUUUAAAAACUGUACUGUAUAUAGGAGGUAUGCUGCUACCUUCAGUUCAUUCAUAUGUUUACUGUAUUCUUUGAUAUUCAAAAUGUUAUGUACUGGAAAGGUCACUUAUAUUUCUAGAACAAAUUUUUGGAUUUUAUGCAACUUUUUUCCCUGA